AUGGGUAGCCGACCACCAUCCCCUCCGGGGACUGGCCCCAUGGACCUCUCCAUGUCCCGGUCGAGUCGUCGACGGGACUCUCUUCGGAGCAGUGUGAGCGUGGUAUCUGACGUAGAGAUGGCCCGGCAUGAGGUAUUCGAUGGUCCAAUCUCAGAAAGUAUUCCGUCGAGUGUGGUCUCAUUCUUACAUCGUCGUAACCGAACGGGAUCGACGGUCAGUUUCACUUACUUCCAAGAUGGAGAAGAUUUUGCAGAAUGGUCGAACGAGGAUGCGGUGGAGGAAGAUUUGGAGGAUCUGAGCUCCGGGUUCGAAGAAGAGUCGGCAGAUGGACUCGCCGAAGCUGAUGUUGAGUCCAGCAGAGGUUCUUUCAUUUCCAAGAGACAUUCGCAAUCGCGAGACUCGGUAGAGCAACCUCUGCUGUCACGAUACAUCUCUGCAAGCUCUUAUGGCCGUGAUAGAAGGUCCGGGAGCAGACUGAAUCAAAAAGUGUAUAUCGCAUCGGAAGACUUGACGGCGGUCUUUGCAGGAUUCUCCACCAGUGCAGGAGGGUUUGCUCUCUAUAUUGCUCUAUGUAUCUUGACUGGUGGUUUCGCAUACCUUCUCUUGCGCUGGCUCCCACGAUGGCGCGUAAGGUUGACUGGAAAAGCGGCUCCACUGGGGAAAUGCCAGUGGAUUGCUAUCGAGGACCAAUGGAAUCAAUUCACCAUUCACAAAGUGGGCAGCCAGUCCUAUGGGCGUCCACUAUCCACAGUUUUUGUUGACUCCUCUGGUCAAGUUUACGACGAAGACCGCGAUCCAACCAUUGAAUCCCUACGGUUCCUCGAUUACAGAUACCUACGAUUCUUUUACCACCCCGUCGAAGAUAAAUUCUCCUUGAUCAAUGGCUGGAGAGAUCCCGCGUGGACUAAUGCAAAGGCCAUGCGUGGAGGACUGGAUGCCGACGAGCGAGAUAGCAGAGAACAGAUUUUUGGACAAAAUGUCAUUGAUAUCCAGCAAAAAACCGUGCCGCAAUUGUUACUCGACGAGGCUUUUCACCCCUUCUACAUCUUUCAAGUGGCGAGUCUCAUCCUUUGGUCUAUGGAUGAAUAUUACUACUAUGCGGUUUGCAUCUUUCUCAUCUCCGCCUUCAGCAUUGCCACCACAGUGGUAGAAACGAAAUCGUCAAUGAGUCGACUGAGAGAGAUAUCCCUAUUCGAGUGCGACGUGCGUGUCCUCAGGAAUGGAUUCUGGCGAUCGGUUUCUUCACAAGAUCUGGUACCUGGGGACGUAUUCGAGUUCUCUGAUCCGUCAUUGAACCAAGUACCUUGUGAUUCUAUCCUAUUAUCGGGUGAUUGCAUUGUGAAUGAGAGUAUGCUUACUGGUGAAUCUGUGCCUGUAUCUAAGACGCCCUUCAUCGAUGACGCUCUCAAACAUCUAGAUCUCAGUGCCCCGUCGAUACAUGCCAAUGUUGCCAAGCACUUUCUAUUCAGUGGAACUAAAAUCAUUCGGGCCAGGCGGCCGCAGAAUGCACACGACGAUGAAGCUGUUGCCUUGGCUAUGGUCGCCAGAACCGGAUUCUCAACCACUAAGGGUGCACUAGUCCGCUCAAUGCUAUUUCCGAAACCCUCGGGCUUCAAAUUCUACCGAGACUCAUUCCGUUACAUUGCGGUGAUGGCAAUAGUCGCGCUCUGCGGCUUUGUGGCUUCAUUUAUCAAUUUUGUGAGAUUGGGGCUUUCUUGGCAUCUCAUCAUUGUCCGCGCCCUCGAUUUAAUUACAAUCGUUGUCCCUCCGGCCCUCCCGGCAACCCUUAGCAUUGGAACAAACUUUGCACUCUCCCGCCUCAAGAAGCAGAGUAUCUUCUGUAUUAGUCCCCAGAAAGUCAACGUUGGAGGAAAGCUAGAUGUGGUCUGUUUUGAUAAAACGGGAACCCUCACGGAGGAUGGUUUAGAUGUUCUCGGGGCACGGGCUAUUAGCAAUAACCAAAGGUUUUCUGAGCUGUUGUCCGGAAUUUCUUCCGGUCUACUACUACCAUCGUCAGCUGCGAACUCACCUUAUGACCUGGAGAAGCAGCGGAAGAUUGUAUACACCAUGGCAACAUGUCACUCCCUCAGGGUUGUGGAUGGCGAGUUACUAGGAGAUCCUCUUGACGUCAAGAUGUUUCAGUUCACGGGGUGGUCUUAUGAAGAGGGUGGCGGACAUGCCUCCGAGCCGACAAGUCCCAAGUUUGAUACCAUCACUCCAUCCGUUGCAAGACCACCAGAGACACAUAUCGGCGAAAGCCAACGAAUUGGACCAAAUCUUCCCGUUGAACUGGGUGUUUUACGGAAUUUCGAAUUCGUGUCACACCUCCGCCGCGCAAGUGUUCUUGUUCGACAGUUUGGCGACAAUGGGGUGAGCUUCUUUGUGAAAGGUGCCCCCGAAAGCAUCAAGGAUAUAUGUGUGCCCGAAACCCUCCCAUCUGACUAUGACGAACUUCUUAACUAUUACACCCACAAAGGGUAUCGAGUUAUUGCCUGUGCAACCAAAUACGAACGGAAGCUGAGCUGGAUGAAAGCCCAGAAACUGAGCCGGACUGAGGCCGAGAGUAAUCUUGAGUUUUUGGGCUUCAUCAUUUUUGAAAAUAAGCUGAAACCUAGCACUUCUCGUGUCAUCUCCGAGUUGAAUGAAGCCGGCAUUCGCAAUGUUAUGUGUACGGGUGAUAACAUUCUAACAGCAGUGAGUGUUGCCAAGGAGUGUAAGAUGAUCGACCCAGGCGAGCAUUGUUUUAUCCCACAUUUCAUUGAAGAACCCGGUCUUAUCGGCAAAACAUCCCUUAUAUGGGAAAGUGUGGACAAUCCCGAUCUCAGGUUGGACCCAAGAACGCUUCUACCUCUCCAAACCUCAACAGAAGAGGAUCUAUCUAUCCCAGGAAAUUUACUUCAUGAUCGGCAUUACUGUGUUGCAGUUACGGGUGAUGUGUUCCGGUGGAUGGUUGACUAUGGGAACGAGGAUGUAUUGAACCGGAUUCUGGUCAUUGGAAAAGUAUUUGCUCGAAUGUCACCGGACGAGAAGCAUGAACUGGUCGAAAAGCUUCAGUCGAUUGACUACUGUUGUGGCUUUUGCGGAGACGGGGCGAAUGAUUGCGGCGCCUUGAAAGCCGCUGACGUGGGGAUUUCCUUGUCUGACGCUGAGGCAUCUGUUGCUGCCCCUUUCACCAGCAGGCUUUUCGAGAUCUCCUGUGUGCCCACAUUGAUCCGUGAGGGCCGCGCUGCUUUGGUCACAAGCUUCUGCUGCUUCAAAUUCAUGAGCCUCUACUCAGCCAUUCAAUUCUCCUCCGUGAGCUUUCUUUAUACGUCCGGCUCCAACCUUGGUGACUUCCAGUUCCUGUUCAUUGAUCUUGCUCUGAUCAUGCCGAUUGCUAUCUUUAUGGGUUGGACUGGUCCUUACCCCACGCUUUCUCGCAAGCGGCCCACAGCAGAUCUCGUGUCGCGAAAGGUGUUGACUCCUCUACUGGGCCAGAUUAUGAUGGUGGUUCUCGCCCAGCUGGCGAUCUUCCAGACUGUCCAGACCCAGCCCUGGUUUCUUCCCCCACAACUGAAUCUAGAGAAGAGUAACAUUGUGAACUCAGAAAAUACGGCGCUGUUCCUGUUCUCCUGCUUUCAAUACAUUCUGACUAGUAUUGUUCUAAGCGUCGGGCCGCCUUUCCGGCAACCGAUGACAUUAAACAUCCCAUAUCUUUGCACAAUCAUUAUCGAUUUGCUGAUCGCAGUCUACAUGCUCUUCCGACCAUCAAAGUGGGUCUCGAACGUGCUCGAGUUGACCAUGAUGUCGGAUACCUAUCGAGGCUGCAUUUUGGCGCUUGCACUCGGGAUGUUUGCAUUGGCCUGGUCAGCCGAGGUCACUGUGUUCCCCCGCUUAGCACGCAUUAUUGGCCAUGCCCGGACUCGGCUACAGCCCAGCUAUCGCAAGAAGCGUCGCCAGUACAAGGUCCUUCUGGAAGGGAUGGGUCUAUGA